GAGCAAAAGGCUUUUCUUGCAUAAAUCUGUAGUGUGAAACUCAAUUUAUAAUGAAUGUUUGGCAUACAGUUCUUAAGCAAUGAAAAUGAAAAGCAUUUAUUUUGUUGCUGGGCUCCUUUUAAUGAUAGUUCAAGGCAGCUGGCAAAACCCUCUUCAGGAUACAGAGGAGAAAUCAAGAUCAUUCAAAGCUUCCCAGUCUGAACCACUAGAUGAAUCUAGACAGCUGAAUGAAGUGAAACGUCACUCACAAGGCACAUUCACCAGUGAUUACAGCAAGUACUUGGACACUAGACGAGCUCAGGACUUUGUGCAAUGGUUAAUGAGCACUAAAAGAAAUGGCCAACAAGGACAGGAGGCCAAAGAAAAUGACAAAUUUCCGGACCAGCUCUCAAGCAAUGCAAUCUCCAAGCGUCAUGCUGAAUUUGAAAGACAUGCUGAAGGCACCUAUACCAGUGAUAUCACCUCUUAUUUGGAAGGUCAAGCUGCCAAAGAGUUCAUUGCUUGGUUAGUGAAUGGACGAGGAAGAAGAGAUUUCCCAGAAAAAGCUUUUGUGGCUGAAGAAAUGGGCCGAAGGCAUGCAGAUGGCACUUUCACAAGUGAUAUCAACAAAGUCCUUGAUGACAUGGCUGCCAAAGAAUUCCUAAAAUGGCUGAUUAAUACAAAAGUUACCCAAAGGGACCUUUUGGGAGAAUACCAGUAAAAAUGCAGAAUAAAAAUGGGAUAAAUGAAGAUCUUCAUUGCAUCAACUGCCAGUUAUUAAGAGAUUCUGAAAUCUGUAUUCUGUCAUUUGCAUUCGGUGUAACAAAACAAUGUCACCUUGCAUGCCAGGAAAUAAUUGAAUAAUUGUACUAUAGUUUAGUGUUGCCAAAGGUUUAUAUGUGGAAAACCUACUGUCUAAGGGAUGGGUAUCUUAACAGCUUUAAAUGAAAGUUCCAUAUCUCUAUAUUUUCCAUUUAUUAGGACUGAAGUAACUCCAUUUAUAUUUAAUGAUAAAAUUAUUUUUCUAAAAAGUGGACUUCUACAAACAAAGGAUUCAAUCACCAACUAUAUGUGUUAUUUGUAAGGGGCUGGCAGUUACAAAUGCCUGAGAAGUGAAUAUCCCUCUUAAAACCUUUGUUAUAAAAAGGCUAAGCUUUAAGGAUAUUAAAUGAUAGCCUUAAAUAAAUUUUUUCAAGCUUC